AUGAUCCGAUCGUGGCCCGUGCUCCUCACCUUGGCCGUGCUCAUCCAGGCAACAAUCGUCUCCGCGGCACCCAACAACGCAUUCCACAUCAUCAUGCGACGAACGGAUGCAUCUGCGGCCUCUUCAUCAUUGCCGUGGAGUUCAAUCUUUUCCACGUCUCGUCGGCAUACCCGAAAUUCGCUGGUCACUUCGCUGCGCGACUCGCUGAGGGACCAGGAAAAGCCGCGUCCACUGCGUUUCGGA